CCCUUGCAUGGGGUGCUCCAAAGUAAAGCUGGCAUGUGGGACAUUCCUUCCGAAGUAAGUGUUGCUUCUGGCUCUAAUGUGCAGGCCAAGCCCUACCAGCCAGCAUACCCUUUGAAUCUCCAGUGGGCUACCAACCCUUCAAGUCCCCUGCAGUCUAGGUACCGGCCAAAACCCCAGCAUCCUGCCUACCCUUCAAAUCCUCAGCAGGCCGAACCCCUGCAAGGGGUGCUCCAAAGUAAAGCUGGCAUGUGGGACAUUCCUUCCGAAGGAAGUGUUGCUUCUGGCUCUAAUGUGCAGGCCAAGCCCUACCAGCCAGCAUACCCUUUGAAUCUCCAGUGGGCUACCAACCCUUCAAGUCCCCUGCAGUCUAGGUACCGGCCAAAACCCCAGCAGCCUUCCUACCCUUCAAAUCCCCUGCAGUCUAGGUACCGGCCAAAACCCCAGCAUCCUGCCUACCCUUCAAAUCCUCAGCAGGCCAAGCCUCAGCAGGCCGAACCCCUGCAAGGGGUGCUCCAAAGUAAAGCUGGCAUGUGGGACAUUCCUUCCGAAGGAAGUGUUGCUUCUGGCUCUAAUGUGCAGGCCAAGCCCUACCAGCCAGCAUACCCUUUGAAUCCCCAGCGGGCUACCAACCCUUCAAGUCCCCUGCAGUCUACGUACCAGCCCAAACCCCAGCAUCCUACCUACCCUUCAAACCCUCAGCAGCCCAAACCUCAGCAGACCAAACUCCUGCAAGGGGUGCUCCAAAGUAAAGCUGGCAUGUGGGACAUUCCUUCCCAAGGAAGUGUUGCUUCUGGCUCUAAUGUGCAGGCCAAGCCCUACCAGCCAGCAUACCCUUUGAAUCUCCAGUGGGCUACCAACCCUUCAAGUCCCCUGCAGUCUAGGUACCGGCCAAAACCCCAGCAGCCUUCCUACCCUUCAAAUCCCCUGCAGUCUAGGUACCGGCCAAAACCCCAGCAUCCUGCCUACCCUUCAAAUCCUCAGCAGGCCGAACCCCUGCAAGGGGUGCUCCAAAGUAAAGCUGGCAUGUGGGACAUUCCUUCCGAAGGAAGUGUUGCUUCUGGCUCUAAUGUGCAGGCCAAGCCCUACCAGCCAGCAUACCCUUUGAAUCCCCAGCGGGCUACCAACCCUUCAAGUCCCCUGCAGUCUAGGUACCGGCCAAAACCCCAGCAGCCUUCCUACCCUUCAAAUCCCCUGCAGUCUAGGUACCGGCCAAAACCCCAGCAUCCUGCCUACCCUUCAAAUCCUCAGCAGGCCGAACCCCUGCAAGGGGUGCUCCAAAGUAAAGCUGGCAUGUGGGACAUUCCUUCCGAAGGAAGUGUUGCUUCUGGCUCUAAUGUGCAGGCCAAGCCCUACCAGCCAGCAUACCCUUUGAAUCCCCAGCGGGCUACCAACCCUUCAAGUCCCCUGCAGUCUAGGUACCGGCCAAAACCCCAGCAGCCUUCCUACCCUUCAAAUCCCCUGCAGUCUACGUACCGGCCAAAACCCCAGCAUCCUGCCUACCCUUCAAAUCCUCAGCAGGCCAAGCCUCAGCAGGCCGAACCCCUGCAAGGGGUGCUCCAAAGUAAAGCUGGCAUGUGGGACAUUCCUUCUGAAGGAAGUGUUGCUUCUGGUUCUAAUGUGCAGGCCAAGCCCUACCAGCCAGCAUACCCUUUGAAUCCCCAGCGGGCUACCAACCCUUCAAGUCCCCUGCAGUCUACGUACCAGCCCAAACCCCAGCAUCCUACCUACCCUUCAAACCCUCAGCAGCCCAAACCUCAGCAGACCAAACCCCUGCAAGGGGUGCUCCAAAGUAAAGCUGGCAUGUGGGACAUUCCUUCCCAAGGAAGUGUUGCUUCUGGCUCUAAUGUGCAGGCCACUGACUCAAACUCGCACUUGAAUGUUGACCCAAGCAAUUCCAAUGUCAUUCCUGUACCAGCCCAGGUGGCAACAGCAACUGGUGCCAGUGUAGAACAGACAUCAUUGACCUUCCUAACUGUUCCUGGACUUGCCUGGAAGCAGUCUGAACUGGCAUCAACUUUGAAUUUAAUAAAAUAAUUGGAACACACA